AUGGAAAUGAGCGCACAACGACGUGUAAUUGGUCAGCUAGUCACUGGUAGCAGUGGCGGUGUCCAGCCGGAGCCCUUACCUGCCAAUUCAACUGAACCAAUAUUUUUACCUUAUAUUCAAACCUCCUUUACUCCCCAUUUUGCAAAUCCGUCUGAAGAAAUUUUCACUUAUUCCACUCAUGGCUUACCACAUACCCAUGCACCUGCUACCCAAGCCAAUCCUCCUCACCCCCAAAUUUCCCAAAAUUAUCCAUCUGUAAAUCUGAACAUGCCACUUGAACCUCAAGGGCCAUAUUACAAUUUCACUGCUGAACCAUUCACGCUAAAUACCGCUGCCCAAGGGAAAGUUGAAACUGGGGGAUCCUCCACACCAAUUGACAAGAAUUUGCUAAAAAAGUUGGAUCGGUUUGAUGAAUUCAUGAGGAAGAGUCAGGGUUUGAGCAAACAAGGGGGCUUGAGUUAUAACGAGUUAUGCCUGUUUCCUGACAUGCAACUACCUAUGGAUUUUAAAGCACCCAAGUUUAGCAAGUAUGACGGAACGGGCAACCCCAAGACGCAUCUCCGAAUAUUUGCCAACAAGUUGGGCAAGCCAAUAGAUGACGAGAAUCUGCUAGUUCGUGUGUUUCCUGAAAGUUUAGAAGGCGAUGCACUGGACUGGUAUUUCAAUUUGAAGCCCGAGGAUAUGAGGACAUGGCUGGACUUAUCAACUGCUUUUGUAAGACAAUACGAAUACAAUUGCAAGUUGGCUCUAACAAUGACCACUCUGGAAGGAACUAAAAUAAAACCAUUUCAGGAUCACAAGACGUAUGCAAAAAGAUGGAGAAAAUUGGCUGCCAAGGUGGAACCCCUCAUGACUGAAGAUGAAAUUGUGCGUACAUUUAUUAAAGCUCAUGACCCGCCCUAUUUUGAGGAGAUUUUUCGCAUGACUGGAUGUUCUUUCGCAGAAAAUGUUAAUAAAUUGGAAGAGUAUGAUGAGUUUGUAAGAGCAAGAAAGAUUGUUAAUGUGUCAGCUCUGAAGUCACAAUUGGAAGCGAUGCAAAAUCAAGACGGCAGUAGUAAGAAAUCCCAGUUCGAAAAGAAAGAGGAGGAAACUUCAUUUGUCUGGAACCAAGGCCUUUCUUUCCGACUAAGGCCUAUUGACCAACUGUACGAACAGCUUAAGGCUGCCGCUAAAAUUGAUGACAUACCUCCUCCAAACUACCCUCGUCGGGGUUUCUCUGCUGGAUACGACCCUCAAGUCGCUUGUGUCUACCAUUCUGGAGCGCCUGGUCACUCAACCGGUAACUGUUGGGUACUAAAGCAUAAGAUCCAGGAUAUGAUCGAAGCAGGAAAUAUAGUGCUGAGAAAAAAGGAAGAAAAAUGA